CUCUUCACUCUCCUCUCUCCUCACCUCCUCCCAUAUGUACUUGUACCACGUUUUCUCUCCCUCCCUCCUCCCUCCCCUACCCUCCAGGUGAAAGGUGUGAUGGUUCAGAACAUUGAAAAGGUGACUCAGAGAGGAGAGAAACUGGAGGACCUCGGAGAGAGGGCAGACUACCUGAACCAGAACGCUGACAUGUUCCAGCGUACGGCCACUCGUCUCAAACGCAAGUUGUGGUGGCAGAACGUGAAGCUGUGGAUCAUCCUCAUCACCAUUAUCUUGGUUAUCCUGAUUGUCAUCAUCAUCAUUAUUGUAAUUGCCGUGGAGACCAACAAAGACAAAUAAACAAACUCCAUCUAUAAUGUACCUUCUAAGAACUGUAUAGUAAUCGACUACAUUCAAACUAUAAUUGUUUUACGUACGAUUUAUGUGUAACUGGUGUUUGUAUUGUCAAUAAUGGCGUAUAUACUCACAUGCAUUUGUAAUUUGCUGUCUUCUUGUGUUGUAUUGAUUGUUGUAAAGUGUCACAAUAAUUUUGAAUGAAAUGAUGAACUUUUGUUACAAAGCUGUGACGAUACGAAUGUACAUGUUGUUUAGGAUAAUGUUGUUUGUUGUCACACCAUCAUAAGUCCCUCCUCAAAUUCCUCCUUUUAUUCCCCGCUAACCUCCUCCCUCCCACACCCUGUGUACUGUACACUCCCAUCCCUUUACUCCUCUUCCUCCCGCCCACUUUCUCCAUUUC